GCCAAGUUCUCCUGCCGCAACGCGACUUGUCUCGCCAGGCGUGUUUGCAAUGCAGCUUCGGAUAACUGUUAUGGUGUUAGGAGAUGAUAACGAGAGCUUUGAACGGUCGGCCCGAGUCCCGACGCCCUGAAAAUUGAUCUCCGGGGAUCAUAUUCUCAUCAAUGCCGUUGCUUUCUCCUGGCCACAAUGUCCUCAAAAACAGUGCUUGUUCUUCACGGCUACGCUCAAAAUGCUACAAUCUUCAGCAAGAGGCUCGCAGCUCUACGGAAGCAAUGCAAAGGAGUGGAAUUAGUCUUCCUCGACGCACCUCACAUAUUGCAACCUGUAGACCUGUUUGGGGAUACAGCUGGAUCACUCGAUAGUUCUUCGGAUCCAGCGUUAACACCUCGUGGAUGGUGGAAAUUCGAGGAUUCUGCGAAAACCAUAGUAAUUGGGUUAGAUACGACAUUGUCACUCAUUCGCGACACUUUGAAUGCUAAAAGGUUCGAUGGAAUCAUGGGCUUCAGUCAAGGGGCCGGUCUAGCUACCCUUAUUGCCGCUUUGCUCGAGAAACCGGAUGCAUAUCCGCCAUUCCUCAUAGAUGGUCAACCCCCUCAUCCUCCAUUCCAAUACUGCGUCUCCGUCGCUGGAUUCAAACCCAAACUCUCACUAAGCGAAACCGUUCUCUCACCUGGGUUUACAACACCUACCUUGCAUAUUAUUGGCCGGACGGAUGUCAUCGUCACGGAAGAACGUUCUAAAUCCAUCUUGGACGUUACGAUCAACAAACGUGUUGAAGAACAUGACGGAGGUGAAUCUUAGUGAAAAUGUCGCCGUAGAAAACAAACACCUUUCAUCCGCUAAUGUUUAGGCCAUUUUGUCCCCACAAAAGCAAACUGGAGGAAAUUUCUUGCCGAUUAUCUUCGGGAAGGACCUCAGGCAGAUUUACCCUCGCCAAGUUCAAUGCCCUCCGCGCCUCCUUCAGGAACUGUAACUCCAGUCUCUUCGGAGGUUUGAAGCGUUCUCUAGAUCCCAGUUUAUUCUCGCCUCAAAGGCGGACCUGAAUCGAGUUUGAGGAAUGAUCAGCCUUUUUAGAGUUUAGAUGCAUGUAAUACUUGCAGAGAUCGUUCCUUCGUUGCAUAGUCUGACAUGUAUCUACAUAGGAUAUUUGCAUGACUGAACCAUGAUCUUAAUCGAAAAUGAGACAUCUUGGUAUCAAUAAGGUGUCAAUAAGGUGGGUAGAAGUUCGAGUACAAAACGAAAUGGAUAGGAACCCGU